AUGAACCCGGACCUGAGCAGAGAGAGGGCCACUGCCUCCUUCAGCCCGGAGACCAUCACUAAUAUCCUGGAUGGGUGUCCGGAGAGGACCCGGAGGAGGAGGGAGAUAGAGAGUCUUGUGAUCAACGACCCAAGCUUCCAGAAUGAGGACCCUAAUUUCUUGUCCCGCAGUGAGCGAUAUGAGCUGGCCAUCAAGAAGAGUUCUCAGAUGGUUAAGAAGAUGAGAGACCAUGGCAUAUCCGACCCUGAGGAGAUCUAUUGGUUCAAGAGAACAUGUCUGGGCUCCAAGACAGAUCCCUUGUCCUUACACUUUAGCAUGUUCACCGACAUCCUGAAAAACCAGUGCAGUGACACGCAGCGUAAGAAGUGGUUGCCUCUUGCCAAUAGUCUACAAGCCAUUGGCACUUAUGCCCAAACCGAACUUGGCCAUGGAACCCACCUCCGAGGACUGGAGACAACAGCCACCUAUGACCCAUCUACACAGGAGUUUAUACUGAAUAGCCCCACUGUGUCCUCUAUCAAGUGGUGGCCUGGAGGGUUGGGAAAGACAUCAAAUCAUGCGGUAGUGUUGGCACAGCUCUAUACCCAGGGGGACUGUAAAGGGCUUCAUGCCUUCAUCGUUCCUAUUCGCCAAAUGGGUACCCAUGAACCAUUGCCAGGAGUAACAGUUGGGGACAUCGGGCCUAAGUUUGGUUUUGAUGAGAUUGACAAUGGUUUCCUGUCCUUCAGCAAGUUCCGAAUACCAAGAGAAAACAUGCUGAUGAAAUAUGCUAAGGUGGAACCAGAUGGAACAUAUGUAAAGCCAGUCAGUGAUAAACUGACAUACGGUACCAUGGUGUUUAUCCGCUCAAUGAUAGUAGGGGACUCGGCAAGAAGCCUUUCUCGGGCCUGUACUAUUGCAAUUCGGUACAGCGCAGUGCGACACCAGUCUGAGAUCAGAGUUGGGGAUCCAGAGCCACAAAUCCUCAAUUUCCAGACCCAGCAGUACAAGCUGUUUCCUCUGCUGGCCACGGCCUAUGCAUUCAACUUUGUAGGUUCAUACAUGAGCCAGACAUAUCACAGGAUAACUGGAGACAUCCAGCAGGGUAACCUAAAUGAAUUACCAGAGCUCCAUGCUUUGUCUGCGGGACUGAAAGCCUUCACUACAUGGGUUUCCAGUGCGGGUAUCGAGGAAUGCAGGAUGGCAUGUGGAGGGCAUGGAUACUCAAGAUGCAGUGGAAUCCCUGACAUCUAUGUGACUUUUACCCCAGCCUGCACCUAUGAGGGGGGAGAACACUGUGAUGAUGCUGCAGACAGCCAGGUUCCUGUUUAAAAGUUACACUGCUGCCGUAUCAGGAGAACAUCUUGACGGGAUGGUUUCGUAUCUGAACGAUGUACCCUCUCGGCAUGUACAGCCUCAGCCUUUGGCUGGUCGGUCUCAAAUCGACAUAAAUGAUUUGCUCAGUUUGGUGGAGGCCUAUAAACAGCGGGCAGCUUGGCUUGUUGUAGGUGCAGCUAGGAGUGUCCAGGCUGACUUGAACCGUGGAAAACGUAAAGAAGAUGCUUGGAACAAGAAUUCUGUAGAUCUGGUCCGGGCAUCUCAGGCUCACUGCCAUUAUGUUGUUGUCAAACUGUUUGUGGAUAAGCUAUCUGAGAUCCUGGAUGCUGCUUCCCAUCGCAUACUGAGCUCCCUCUGCCUCCUCUAUGCUCUGUAUGGAAUCAGCAAAAACACAGGAGAUUUUAUUCAGGCUGGUCUUCUGACUUUCUCCCAGUUGGAACAAGUAGAGCAGCGGGUUAAGGAUUUGCUGGCAGUAAUCCGUCCUAAUGCAGUGGCUUUGGUUGAUGCAUUUGACUACAGUGAUACUCAGCUGAGCUCUGUCCUGGGAAGAUAUGAUGGAAAUGUGUAUGAAAAUAUGUUUGAAUGGGCCAAAAAAUCACCUCUCAACAAGACACAGGUUCAUGAGUCUUUCUACAAGUACCUCAAACCUCUUCAGGCCAAGCUGUGA